AUGUCCGAAGUGAAGCCUGUUCAAAGGGUAUUGUUGUAUCAGUCAUAUGAAUUCUGUCCGAUAAUAAGGGCCUUAGAGUGUCUGAAUGAGUUUGCUGCCUUCUUGAAAGAUGUUUGCUGCCUUCUUGAAAGAUGUUCGUACAGAUGUCUACUACAUCGUAUCCGAAUAUGGAAGCAAUGGGAUAAGUAUUGCAUCCUCAAACGGACAAGCAUUGAAGCUGCUUCAGGCUUCAGUCCAGUGACUGUCAGUCAGAGGGAAUUCUGUCCGAUAGGCCUCUUCCACUACUCGAAUGAGGUUCACUUCUUCAUAAAAGUUGUUCCUCCCAAUGUCUACUAUAUCGUAUCCGAAGUUGGAAGCAAUUGGAUAAGUAUUGAAUCCUCGGAUGGACAAACAUUGAAGCUGGUUCAGGCUGCAGUCCAGUGA